AUGCAAUUCUCUACCUUUGUCACUCUCUUUGCUGCGGUCGCUGGCGUCAUGGCGGAGGGGCGCGGGAAAGGAGCGGACGAAACCUCGAGCACCAAACUCAGAUGCGUUGACAACCAAGCCGAUGCGGCGGCGGUGGUGGCGGCAAGGGCAGCAAAAGGCCGAGAAACCCCGACUUCGUUCGUUCCGCUGCCAUCCCCAACAAACCAGGAGAAUUAA